ACUAUCAGCACUGAACAAAAUGGAGGACAGUUCUAUACUGGCUGCUUUUAAUAAUAUUUAUGUUACAAUUUUUGCUUUGUUUUGCUUUAAACUUUUGAUAAAGAUUUGUCUCGCCUUGUUAACCCAUUUCUACAUCGUCCAAGGAAACAGAAAAGAGGCAGCUCGAAUCGCAGAAGAGAUCUAUGGAAUAAGCCCAGGCUCCUGGGCUGACAGAUCUCCUCUUCACGAUGCCGCCUUCCAGGGCCGCCUUCUCACCCUCAAGACUCUCAUUGCACAGGGUUUUAAUGUGAAUAUUAUGACCAUCGACAGGAUGUCUCCCCUGCAUGAUGCCUGUCUGGGAGGUCACGUUGCCUGUGCUAAGGUUCUCCUGGAGAAUGGGGCAAAUGUGAAUUCAGUGACUGUGGAUGGCAUCACCCCUCUGUACAAUGCCUGCUGCAGUGGCAGUGCAGCCUGUGUCAAUGUGUUGCUGGAGUAUGGAUCCAUUCCACAGCCAGAUGGCCAGCUUGCGUCACCCAUUUAUGAAGCAACAAAGAGAGGUCACAGAGAGUGCAUGGAGCUUUUACUCGCAAAUGGAGUGAAUAUUGACUUAGAGAUUCCACAGACGGGGACACCUCUUUAUGUUGCCUGCACCUUUCAAAGGACAGACUGUGUCAAGAAGCUGCUACAGUUAGGAGCUAAUGUUCACAAAGGCAGACUUCAGGAUACCCCCCUUCAUGCAGCUGCAAGGAAAUCCAGUGCCAAAGUAGUGGAGAUGUUGAUCGAUUAUGGAGCAGAUGUGAAAUCCCGAAACAGUGAGGGGAACAGGCCUGUGGAAGUGUGUGCGCCAAACACAGCAGUGGAGAGAGCCCUGUUAUUACGAGAAGGGCCCACUGCUCUGACACAACUGUGUCGCCUUUGUAUACGGCAGUGCCUGGGGCGAUUGAGGCUACACAAACUUUCCAGCUUAGAUCUUCCAGAUCGGUUAAAAGAGUUCCUGCUCUACAGGUAAUGAGCCUCAGCUCUGAAGACUGCACGACUGUCUUUCAUCCUUCCUGUCAGAUGUUGCAAGCUGGUGCCACACUGCAGGACUGUGGAUCAUCUGUCUUUCCAAGCCCUUCUUAAAGAAUUUAACCCAAAGAUGUUUGGCUAGCCUUAUACACAAAGAGCUUCUGUAUUGCAAAUAACUCAGAAGUCAAUUAGUCAUUUUAGUUAGUAUGUAACCAGCUGUUGAGGGAUUAAGACAUUUUUUCAAGUACAUUUCAAUUUCUUUUUUGGAAUAUAGUGAAUAUACUGAAGAUGAAUUUUUUUCUUUAUGACAUGGAAUUUGUCAUUCAUAAACCUUUUGCAGUAGAGCCUUUUAGUUCUUUACAGGGAAAAGAAACUUGGCAUGGUGAUAAAUGUUUGUGAAUGGGACAAUUAGACUGGAAACAGUUGUUUCGGCAUGCAUCUAGUUUGAUUUACUGUAGAUUAAAGCUGUUUUGGUAUUCCACUGA